ACCGUACUUUAUUCUAGUCUUUGCAUUCAUAACAAGUGAGGUGACUGUUUUCUCGUUGUCAUUAGAUUGCUAAUAUCUUCACCCAACGAUGAUGCCCAGUGAAAUUAUGAAGUAAGCUUCAAUUACAUUCAUGUUGCUUAAACCAUAAUGCCACCAUAUACAACCGAGGCACCGGGUAAUUCGGCUCUGAAGGUCAUGUUCGGUUUGGGGUCCGCUCCUCCUAAACAUGAUCCACCAGCCUCAAUGGAACCGUAUGAUCUCGGAAGAGAUGGAGAUCUUGGUGCUCUCAGUAAUGCUCAACAAGGGGCGACAAAUAAACUCAAGACUCAAACACGGUUAAGUAAUGAACAGUAUUUGCGGCAACAUCCGGAAGUGAAGUAUAUGGUGACAGCAUUUUUGAGGGAUAUACUGACUAAACAGCCUGAAAAUGCCCGGGAACACUUCGCUGACUUUUUCACCAGCCCAGAUCUUCUAAAAAACAUCAAGACAGUCGAAAAGGAGUAUGCGGAGAUGUACCACGAUGAUAGUGUUAUACGUUCUCUUGCUAAAGAAGAACUUGAUUCGGAGGUUUAAUCGUAUAGUUUCUAAAAUAUAAGAGAAAUUCAUAUAACCGGAAUCUAGGAGUUCUGUAAAUACGAUUGUAAUUAUAAUCUGU